AAAAGACCGUCAAGCCGAACUUCGCAGCCAAGAACACCAAAAAGCCCGAAACAAAAUCGAACUGCUUAUCCAGCAAGAAGGAAGAGUUUCGGAAAAAGCGUUAAGUAUAGCCCGGGAACAUAGUUUUUCCAAGGAAAAAGUUUAUCAGAUUUGGGGAAAAAUAAAAAGCAAGAAAGAUUCUCAUGCUUUUGCUCGUGCCCUUUACCAAGCUCCUUUUGGUAUUUUGCUCUAUGUGGAAGGCAACAAUAAUAUUACUUCUGAUUAUGAAAAAAAACUAAAAUUAAAAAAAUUACCUCUCGCCUCGCUUUUUGGCUAUUUCCAACCAGUUUAUAGUUUAAAAAUAAAUUUAAAAGAAGCUAAUAAUAAUCUUGAGGAAUAUUUAAUUGCCAGUUUACCUAGCGAGGUUUGGGAAAAAGUAGAUUAUAAUGAAGAUAAAAAAGAACUCAUUUCUCGUUACCGGGAAGAAUUAGAAAAAAUUAGUAAAAAAUUAGAAAUAACACAGGAAAAAUCCUGGUGGGAGGCGUUAGUUCCUUGUCAAUUAACUACCAAAGAACAAGUUGAUUAUUAUCAAGAAUUAGAAAAACUCUUAAAAGAGGGUAAAUUUUAUACUAAUAUCCAAAAAGAGGGAUUGUAG